AUGAGUGAGAAAGUGAAAUAUGAUCUUAUUUUGGAUGAUGAAAUAGAGUUUUUAAAAACGUUAACUCGACCUGGUGCCAACGUUGAACAAGAAGUCAAUCCAGAUGAAGAGCAGAAACAAAAGGCUACUAAUAAAUAUGAAGCUCUUAAAGAAGCAAAGCGCUCGCUCCCAAUCUAUAAAUUUCGGGAUGCCCUUUUACAAGCUAUCGCUGAUCAUCAGGUUUUAAUCAUAGAAGGUGAAACAGGUUCUGGUAAAACAACUCAAAUUCCUCAGUAUUUGUACGAAGCGGGUUAUUGUUCUGGGGGAAAACGUAUCGGGUGUACACAACCUCGUCGUGUUGCUGCCAUGUCAGUAGCUGCUCGAGUUUCCCAAGAAAUGUCUGUUAGACUAGGAUCUGAAGUGGGAUACAGUAUUCGUUUCGAGGAUUGUACUUCAGAACAUACAAUAAUAAAGUAUAUGACAGACGGUAUGCUUUUACGUGAAUUUCUCACAGAACCGGAUUUGGGUAGUUAUUCAGUAAUGAUUAUAGAUGAAGCACAUGAACGUACACUACAUACAGAUAUACUAUUCGGCUUAGUAAAGGAUGUAGCUCGUUUUCGAUCCGAUUUGAAACUCCUAAUUAGUUCUGCUACUUUAGAUGCAGAGAAAUUUGCUACAAUUUUUGAUGAUGCUCCCGUAUUCCGAAUUCCGGGUCGUCGCUAUCCGGUUGAUAUCUACUACACAAAAGCUCCAGAAGCUGAUUAUAUUGAAGCUGCUAUCAUAUCUAUUCUUCAAAUACAUGUAACUCAACCUCCCGGUGUUUUUAUAUUCUUUUUAACUGGUCAAGAAGAAAUUGAAACUGCUAAUGAAUUAUUAAUGGAACGUACAAGAAAACUUGGGAGUAAAAUUCGUGAAUUAAUAAUUUUACCUAUUUAUUCCAGUCUUCCAUCUGAUAUGCAGGCGAAAAUUUUUGCACCAACUCCACCAGGUGCUCGAAAAGUUGUCUUAGCCACUAAUAUCGCUGAAACAUCACUUACCAUUGAUGGUAUAAUCUAUGUUAUUGAUACUGGAUUUUGUAAGCAAAAAUUUUAUAGUGCACGAUCUGGUGUUGAAUCAUUGAUAGUUGUUCCAAUAUCACAAGCUGCAGCUGAUCAAAGAGCUGGACGUGCUGGACGUGUAGCUGCAGGCAAAUGUUUUCGUUUAUAUACUUCACAUGCUUAUCACACAGAAUUAGAGCCGCAACCUAUUCCAGAAAUACAACGUACAAACUUAGGCAAUGUUGUCUUAUUACUGAAAUCUCUUGGUAUUGAUGAUCUUUUGCAUUUUGACUAUAUGGAUCCUCCACCACAUGAUGCUUUAAUUAUGGCAUUGGAACAAUUGUACGCCUUGGGUGCAUUAAAUCAUAAAGGUGAACUAACUAAAAUGGGUCGUCAAAUGGCUGAAUUCCCAUGUAAUCCACAAUUAUCAAAAAUGAUUUUAGCCUCAGAUAAGUAUAAAUGUUCCGGUGAUAUAAUUACUAUAGCAUCUAUGCUUUCUGUAAAUAAUGCUAUCUUCUAUAGACCUAAAGAUAAAUUAAUUCAUGCAGAUACAGCACGAAAAAGUUUUUCUCAUGUAGCCGGUGAUCAUAUUAUGUUGUUGAAUGUUUAUAAUCAAUGGGCAGAAUCAGAUUUUUCUUCGCAUUGGUGUUAUGAACAAUUUAUUCAAUAUCGAACUAUGAAACGAGCUCGUGAUAUUCGUGAUCAGUUUGUCGGUUUAUUAGAUCGAGUUGAAAUUGAUCUAGUGAAUAAUCCACAUGAUCAUGUCAAUAUUCGAAAGGCUAUAACUGCUGGAUUUUUUUAUCAUACUGCACGAUUCACUGGUAAUGGUUAUAAAACAGUGAAACAAAAGCACACAAUUCAUCCACAUCCAAAUUCAUGUUUAGCUGAAGCAUUGCCUAAAUGGGUUAUUUAUCAUGAAUUAGUCUAUACAACUAAAGAAUUUAUGCGUCAAAUUAUUGAAAUUGAAUCAAAAUGGUUAUUAGAAGUUGCACCGCAUUAUUAUAAAGAAAAAGAAAUUGAAUAUACUACUGAAAAAGUUUCUAGAAAUAAAGGUAAAGCACGUGCUGAGUUAGAACCAACUGAAGGUGUUUAAUGAUGAUCAAUACUAACAUAUUUGUAAUGUGUAUUAUUUUGUAUAGUUUAAAGAAUUGAUAAGACAAACAGAACGAUAGAGAUUUACAAAUUGUGUACAUUUCCAUAUUGACUUUGAUUUUUUUUUCUUAUUUGUGUUGAUAAACAAAGGAGAUAUUUUUGUAUAAUGCUGA